AUGGCAGUAGGCCGUUGGGAGCUGACGGGAUAGGUAGGGUCGGUGUCCUGGUUCCCGGCUGAGACUGCGCGGAGCUGGGCCGGCGGGACUGCAGAAUGGGCUGAGGCGGCGGCGGCUGUCCGGACGUGGUCGACUGAGGGGCGAAGGGCGCGGCACUGGUCCAGGACCCUAAGACGCCUGGUUUGAGGAGCGGGUGGGACCGAGGUUUUCUUGGGCCCCAGGGCCUGACCUGUUGGCGACUGCAGCUUUGCGGGAACCUCAUAUUUGACGCGGGCAUGACUGGACGUGUGGGGACCCCACUCAUGAUGAAUAGAAGAAGCUGGGCUUGAAAAUGGAGAUGUAUGAAACCCUUGGAAAAGUGGGAGAGGGAAGUUAUGGAACAGUCAUGAAGUGUAAACAUAAGGAUACUGGGCAGAUAGUGGCCAUUAAGAUAUUUUAUGAGAAACCAGAAAAGUCUGUCAACAAAAUUGCAACGAGAGAAAUAAAGUUGCUAAAGCAAUUUCGUCAUGAAAACCUGGUCAAUCUGAUUGAAGUUUUUAGACAGAAAAAGAAAAUUCAUUUGGUGUUUGAAUUUAUUGACCACACAGUAUUAGAUGAGUUACAACAUUAUUGUCAUGGACUAGAGAGUAAACGACUUAGAAAAUACCUCUUCCAGAUUCUUCGAGCAAUUGAAUAUCUUCACAAUAAUAAUAUCAUUCAUCGAGAUAUAAAACCUGAGAAUAUUUUAGUAUCCCAGUCAGGAAUUACUAAACUCUGUGAUUUUGGUUUUGCACGAACGCUAGCAGCUCCUGGAGACAUUUAUACGGACUAUGUGGCCACACGCUGGUAUAGAGCUCCAGAAUUAGUAUUAAAAGAUACAUCUUAUGGAAAACCUGUGGAUAUCUGGGCUUUGGGCUGUAUGAUUAUUGAGAUGGCCACUGGAAAUCCCUAUCUUCCUAGCAGCUCUGAUUUGGAUUUACUUCAUAAAAUUGUUUUAAAAGUAGGCAAUUUGACACCUCACUUGCAGAAUAUCUUUUCCAAGAAUCCCAUUUUUGCUGGGGUGGUCCUUCCUCAAGUUCAACACCCCAAAAAUGCAAGAAAAAAAUACCCAAAGCUAAAUGUAUUGUUGGCAGAUAUUGUUCAUGCUUGUUUACAAAUUGAUUCUGCUGAGAGGAUAUCAUCUACUGAUCUUUUGCAUCAUGAGUAUUUUACUAGAGAUGGAUUUAUUGAAAAAUUCAUACCAGAACUGAGAGCUAAAUUGCUACAAGAAGCAAAAGUCAAUUCAUUCAUAAAGCCAAAAGAGAAUUCUAAAGAAAAUGAAUUUAUGAAAGAUGAUAGAAAAACAAUUUAUACUAAUACACUGCUAAGUACUUCAGUUUUGGGAAAGGAAAUGGAAAAAGAGAAAAAGCCCAAGGAGAUCAAAGUCAGAGUUAUUAAAGUUAAAGGAGGAAAAGGAGAUAUCUUAGAACCAGAAAAGAUAGAGUGUGAAGGUGGACAUUGUCGACAGGAUGCAGUUGAAAUUGCUCAUACUAUGUCUCAAGAUAUAAAACCUGUAAUCAGUGAACCACCAAACCCUGUCAAUCCCAGCACUAACUCUAUGGGCAUGAAAGACGAUCCACAUGCUGGAAGUAGUAUGGUGAUGCCACCCAUCAAUCUAACUAGCAGGAAUUUGAUGGCUUCAAAUCCUAAUUCAAAUCUCUCCCACUACAAUUCAAGGUUAACUGAAAGAGCAAAAAAGAGACGUACUUCUUCACAAUCUAUUGGACAAGUUAUAUCUAAUAGGCAUGAGGAUGCAGGUCCCACUCAAAGCCGAAUGGAGAAGGGUGUGUUUAAUGAGCGAACAGGUCAAAGUGACCAAAUGGCAAAUGGAAACAAAAGGAAGCUGAAUUUUUCCAGAACUAACAGGAAAGAAUUCCAUUUCCCAGACUUGCCUUUCACAAUACAGUCAAAGGAGAUGAAAGGAAUGGAAGUUAAACAGAUAAAAGUGCUGAAGAGGGAAUCAAAGAAAACAGAUUCAUCUAAAAUACCAACUUUACUUAAUGCAGAUCAAUAUCAAGAAAAACAAGAGAAUACAGGAAAUGCACAAACUGAAAGGAAGAACCUGCCAGAUGUAGAGUAG